AUGUCGUUCCUCAAAAAGGCACAGCAGCAGGUGGCCCACACCUCCAAGCUACCCGCCCUCGGCAAUCAAGACCGCAGGCAGCUUCAGGAUGUUAUCAACUCGGAAAAGACCUUCAUCCAAUCCAACACCAAAGCGGCGACUGACUUCAAGAAGAAUGCAGAAGCCCUCAAGGCCUGGUCCGCCGAGGAAGGCCCAGAUCUCAACGAUGUAGCAGGCAAAAUCUCGCUACUCUACGAUCACUACUCUGCCUCUCAAAAUCGCCUCAACGCGCACCUUGCCACGGUCCGUCUUCACUUCAAGUCCAUUCGUACCCGCGAAGAGGCGCUCUCCAAUCUCAAGAGCCGCAAGCGCUCGCUCGGCUCUGAUAUCGAAAAGGUGGAGAAGAAGCUCGCCAAGAUGGGUCCUGAGAACAAGGAGCUCACCAAGGUCACUACCCAGCUCAAAGAGAUGCGCGGCGAAAUGGAGGGUCUGCACAUCGAGGUCAUGAACGAAGAAGCUGCUAUUGGCGAUUUCAAGCGCAGAACUGUGAGAGAGGCUCUCGGCAUCAAGUCAGGCGCUCUGCUCGAGAUGGCCGAGAAGUUGACCAUUGUCGCCGAGAUCUCCAAGCUUAUGCUUGACGAAAUCCCACAGCAGCCCACUCGACCCGGCAUGCCUCGCGCCGAAUACUACGGCUUUGCAAAGACCGAGUCGCUCCUGCAGGAAGCAACGCGAUCCAUCGCUGAUGUCGGCUUCCACCCUACCGGUCAGUCAGCGGGCAUCCCUCGAUUCAACGACAUGACUCUCGCAGACACCACGGGCAACAUGUCGCGAGACACGGACCAUGCGUACGCAAACGACGGCGAAGUGUUCCACGACAUGCCCUCCCAGGGCGACCACGGCGAGUACGAUGCCGACCCUGGCUACAACCCGCCCCCCAACCGGGGUGUCACCAACGACGACGUUGCACGCACACCCAUCUACGCUCAGCACGCUGCGCGUUCGCAGUGGGCUCAGGAGGGCGCUGCUGGCGCCAAUGCAGGCACUAGCGCUGGCGGAGCAGCCGAAGUGCCUGCACCGGACGCCUCCACCCACGAAUGGGCACAGUCGAGCUACGAGCGUGGGGGCGACACUUCGGCUGCUUCCGCUGCCGCCGCUGCUGCUAUGGCCGCCACCGCUGGUGCCGACCUGAACGCCGUUCCCGGUCACGGCGACCCCAACCAGCCAGACGCCGGUUUCCUCAUGCAGAACAGUCAAUCGCACGCCGGUUCCGGCCCCAACUACGGCUCGAACCGCAACAGCGGUGCUGACUAUUCGUCUGCUCAGGGCGGCAACCACGCCGCCGGCGCACCAUCCGGCCUCGCCGACGUCACCGCCUCUACCGAAGGCCAUCAGUCGGACGCCUAUGACGGCUACACCGCGGGCGGCGCAGGAAACGGCAGCUCAACGCAGCACGAACCACCUUCGAACCCUACCGCCAUGCUGGGCGCUCCCACCCUGCCACCCGUGCGCACCGCCACGCCGCUCACCAACUCCGGUGCACCACCGGUGAGCUACACCUCGCCUACGGCAACGGACGACUCGGCCUACUUCCAAUCCAUCGGCGGUACGCGUGCUCUGCAGGAGGCGGUGCGUGCGCCCAUGUCGCCAGCCCAAUCUGGUGCUCGGCUGUCGUCGUACGGUGCACUCGGCAGUGCUCCACCUCCGCAACAGCCAGGUGGGGAAGGGAAAAAAGUCACCGCAGCGGCGUUCCGUCGCGGUUUCUCGCGCAACCCUUCCGGAACCCCUGCUGGCAUGUCGCCCUCCACCUCUGGUAAUCCGUACGACGACGGCGCACAACAGCAGUGGGCAUCCAAUCCCUUGCCUCAGAUCCCCAAUCCUCACGCCGGAGGGUAUGCCAACUCGCACGAUUCGGAUCACGCCUCGGUUCCACCGCUGCAUAUUCAGAAGCGACUCUCCAACUCGCACAAUCCGUUGGCGGCAGCUGCCGCAGCAGGGACGCCGCAGGGCAUGCAGGGGAGGAGGUACAGUGGUGAGUAUGGCGUGUCAGGCGAUAGUAAUCCCGCCCCGCCGUAUCUGGGCGACCAGGGAGGGCAGAGUGUCGAUUACGGGCAGGGUGGAUAUGGAGGAUAUCACCCACAACACAUGCAGCACCCACAACACCCGCAGGUGCAGAGACAGCAGAGUAGCCAGUAUGCCGAAUACGCCGCGCCGCCACCUCCUGGCUACGGGUACGCGUGA